AUGGCAAGACGGCUGACUCUACCACAGGGCAAGACAACAACAACUGAGCGCAUGCUGUACUACAGCGGCGUGACGCAUCGUGUAGGAGAUGUCGAUGCAGGAAACACAGUGACAGACUUUCUCGACCUGGAGCGGGAGAGAGGCAUCACGAUUCAGUCAGCUGCCAUCACUUUCAACUGGCCCUUACCUGAGGAGUGCCCACAAGGCACACGCCCAAAAACGAUCAAUCUCAUCGAUACUCCCGGCCAUCAAGACUUUAGGUUUGAGGUUGACAGAUGUCUACCCGUUCUCGAUGGCGCCGUAUGCAUCAUCGACUCGGUCAAGGGUGUGGAAGCUCACACAGAGAGAGUAUGGGCUUCGGCACACGAUCAUAAGAUCCCUCGCAUCGUCUUCGUUAACAAGCUCGAUCGAGACGGUGCUUCCUUCCGCAAGUCAGUCUUGGAGAUCGGGUCCCGUUUGAAUGGAUGGCCGCUUGUUUGUCAGAUUCCGUGGUGGGAUGGCGACCAGUUCGUAGGCGUCAUCGACAUCAUUGACCGUGUUGGUUACAGGUGGAAGACGGAGAAGCAAAAAACCAAGUACGACUUUGCAGAACUGCAAGAGGUGCUAUCGGGCAACCCCCUACUUGAAGAGAUUGAGACAGCUCGCGAGCGACUGGUGGAGGGUCUUGCUGAGCGGGAUGAGGCUAUCAUGGACCUGUUCGCAGACGAUCCUAGUAAGAUCACUGGGAAGAUGAUGAAGGAUAGCGUUCGAAGGGCCAUCCGCAGCGGUGAUGGUACCGUCAUCCCCGUGCUGGCAGGUGCAAGCUUCCGACACAUUGGCGUCGAACCCCUAAUGGACGCUAUCGUCGACUACCUCCCCAGUCCAGACGAACGUCCCGAGCUGGAAAUCCGUGCGGGCCCAGCAAAACAUAAUCUGGUGAAGCUGCUUGAGGAGAACACGGACAAGAAGUCUGGCAACCACCGUGUCGCGGCUGUGGCCUCGGUCUUCAAGGUCUACAACCAUCCCAAGGAAGGAAUCUUGAGCUUCGUGCGAGUUUACUUUGGUGAACUCCAUAGGAAUUCGUCUACCUGGAAUACGCACAAUCAGCAAGCCGAGCGGCCGUUCGGCUUGUUGCAAAUCUCCGCGGCGAAGACGGAAGAUGUACAGCACCUUGCCACAGGCCAAAUCGGCGCUAUCAAGGGCUUGAAGAAGGCACGUACGGGCGAUACGUUACUUACGGCUGUAGCUCAAAGACAGCUUCCGGAUUCACUCAAGCACAUUCAGAUCAGACCGCCAGAGAUUCCUCCCCCGGUGGCUUUCCUCGCCAUUGACCCGCAUGGUACGACUGCCGCCAAGGAGCUGGAGAUCGCACUGGAAAAUGCAUCACGAGAGGACCCCAGUUUGAGGUGGAACCGCGACGAGAAGACGGAGCAGUUCAUCCUCCAGGGCAUGGGCAAGCUACAUCUGGACAUUGCCGUCUAUAACUUGAAGCAGAACCCCAAGGUCCAGGCCGACUUCGGCCCCAUCGAGGUCGAUUACAAGGAAUGCCUCACCUCUCCAGUCGGACCACAACACGUCACUUUCGACAGGGUGGUCGCAAGUAAGUCGGGUAGGGUAUCCUGCAGCGCCGUCCUCGAGCCUCUGGAAGAGCAUCACCGCCAAGCCGCCCUGGAACCUACCGUCGAGCGCGACGGCAACAUGAUCCACGUCAUCAUCAACCUCCCGGAGGACGGCACUGCGAGCUUCGACCCGGAAGAAGCGCGCCAGCAGCUCAUCAAUGGCGUUGUCUCCGCCGUCGCCCGCGGCCCGCGCCGCGGCUCCCCCGUCCAGGGCUGCCACAUCACCAUCACCGUCGAUGCGGCAUCCACGGAGAACCCGUCGGGUGGCCACUUCACCGGUGCAGCGUCGCGCGCGGUGCGCGAGGCCCUCCGCGAGGCGCACACCGCCCACCAGGCCGUCGGCAUCCUCGAGCCUGUCAUGCUGGUGCACAUCAGUUGUCCCGAGGCGGCGGCUGGCACGGUGCAGCACGACAUCAGCUCCGGGGCUGGCGGACACGUGCUGGAGGUUAACGACAAGUCGGCCGAGUCGAGCUCGCGGAUUGACGUGAGCAGUAUCUAUGCGCCGCCAGACCCGUAUGAGACGGUGGCGUCGCUACGGGGAAAGAAGUCAAUGGCCCGGACGGUGGAGAUUGUGGCCAAGGUGCCGUUCAAGGAGGUGCUUAACUUUGAUGAGCAAUUGAGAGGCAAGACUGGAGGUCGGCACUCGAUGACGAUGGCGUUUGAUAGCUUUGAUCGCGUCGUUGGAUCGAGAGAGAAAGCACUGUAA